AUGGGUCUAGGAUGGACUGAUAACAUGAGGGAAGAAUAUAAUACUGGAAACUCUGACACAGGUCAUCAGGCAAGUUGGCCCUCUCUUUCCACAGGAAACGGUGGAAAUGGCGGUUCUACUAAUGCAGCAGCUGAAGGCGAGACAUCCACGAGGGACGGCAGUGGUGGAUAUGGUGAAAGUAACAGCAGUAUUGUCAAGGCACCCGAGGGAGCUCCCAUCGCUGUCAGUGACCCCACAGUCUCCCUUGGGGAUGCAUCCUUCGAGGAAGACACUUCUUCUGCGGCCGAUUACUUCACUUACGAUGAGGGUCAACGAUCCCAUGACCAUCGACAUGACCGGGUCAUUCGAAGACCACGUCUCAGUCCACCUUCACCACGCAGUCGCCCUCUGUCAGAAGCAAUGCUAAGCAACCACUACUAUGACAAGAGUGAACUCCUAAAUCCUAUCGCUUUUGCUGGUGGCAACAAGGGCGACGAGUCCGGUGACUGCCUCCUCGACGUCCCCUUCUGCCCUACACACUCCAAUUCGCGACCUACCUCAGUGGGCGUCUACUCCAACGACGACGAGGAUGUGGAGGAGGAUUCAUCGCUUUAUGAGGCUGUUGACAGACGCAAACGAAAGGUGGAAAAAGCGAUGGCCCUACCACCACCCCCACCACCACCUCCACAGCCGCUGGUAUCCCCUGCGACAGCCCAGAAGGAUGUUGAAGUGUAUACAAGCCGUCGCAAACCAAGUGGCGACGGUAUCAAUCCCAAGUACCAACGUUAUCGGGGCAUCACCAAGAUGGCCUCCAUCAACGCCUCCACAUCGACCCUGAUCGCCGAUCUGUCGCCCCUCUCAAGGUCCUUAGCCUCGCGUUCACCCUCCCCCAUGCGCCCUGUCACCAGCACUCCCCACACUGUUCCCUAUGCCAAUCUUAGCAACUUGUGA